GGUUCAGUUCAUUUACUGCACUUGCCGCGUCGAGUUCUGUGUAGCGCAAAACGCCAAAGUUGGAAAAGUGAAAAAAUAAGAGGAAGGAAAAUUCUUGUGUGUCUCGUUUUGCUGGGCAACUAAAUAAAAGGCUAUUAAAGUUGGCCAACAUGGAUUAUCGUUUGCUGGUGAAAAUACUCAGCUUUUUGCUGCUCGCUCAGCUGUCGACGGCGCAGUCUGCCCCACAAUCGCAAACAGACUACGGCGAGGAGCCGCCCGAGGGCUAUUAUGCAUUUGUGGAGUCUCCGAAUGCCGUGCCGCCACGAGUGCGUCCACCGCCGUACACGUUCAUCAAUGCGGACUGCAAGGAUGUGGCCUCCGGCAAGAAGUCGGCGGUGUCCGUGCACAACAUCUGCGGCGACUUGAAUAAGGGACAAAUUCCCAAGAAUCCGCUGGGCCAGAAUGUGCUCGGCGAGCCGUAUCCCUUCGAACUGAUACGCAAUCAGACUCUGAAGUUCCUGUCGAAGACGUUGCCCGUGCUUAAGGCGGACGACACGCUGCCCAAGGUGACACAGAUCAUUCGCGACGAGCCGGUGGAUCAGCUGGACAACAACAACAUCGAUAGGCAUUAUGCCACACGCGUCACGCGCAGCUUGCCGGAUGGCGUGGUGCCCAAUGAGUAUAGCUACUUUGAUCCCGCUCUAGAUGAGGAGGAGCAGCAGCAGAAGAAGCUGCACGAGCAGCGACGCGCCGCCGAGGAGCGCAAGCCACGCAAGUUCUGCGAUGGAGGUGGAGUCUUCUGCACGCUUUAUCGCGCCAUUCAGGGCGACACCAGCCCCGCUGUGUCCGCCGCACAGACAGCGGAGCGACGCGAAGAAGUGGGACCCAUACGCUAUGAGGGGCCGCCCACGCCCUGCCCGGCCAAGGUGGAGUACGCCACGCCCGUGUUCGCCAAGAACUAUCAGGGUGCCUGGCGCUAUGUGGUGCAGAUACCCUAUGAGGGCUACUUCACGCAGACUGUGGAGGUGACGCGCUGCAUCCAGGCACGCUGCCACUAUCUGGAUGGCGGCUGUUUGUCCUCGCCACGCUGGGUCAGUCUGCUGGUCGCCGAGAUAUUCUAUCCGAAUGCAGAGGACACGGUGCCAAGCAGCAGUACGACGACACAGGCUCCAUCCGUGCAGGACUUCCAGGCCUAUCAGCAGUAUCUGCAGAAGCGUGCCGGCGUGGCCACCGCCUCCGAUGGCAGCACAGGUGUCCAGGGUGCGGGCGCCCAGAGUGCUCCGGUCGAUGCGCACUGCGAUGGGCACGACGAGCUGGGCUGCUUCCAGGUGCGGCUCUACUACGACUGGUUCUUGAUACCCGGCUCCUGCAAGUGCUGGCGUCCCGACUACUUCGCCAAGUACGUGCGCCGAAAGUCUGUCGCCGAUUUGUAGGAAAGAAUAAUCUAGAAUAAACUAACACACAUUUAGCAUUUAGAGCGUGUGGCAUGAAAUGCUCAUUCUAGCGAUCCGACUAACAUGGACUGCGCAGAGUUUGCAUUUCUUGCAAGCAGAUGAACAUGAACAUAACUAACAUACAUACACAUAGACACACACCCAUGUAUGUGUGUGCGCGUGUGCCUAAGUAAGCAAUUAGCUAUCCUUGACUGAAUACGCAUUGAAUUUCUACUAAUAAAUAUUUCUGCUAUAA